CUGAGGCCAAGCAAGGGCCGAGGCAAUGGCUCAGAUCCGCAGACUAGGGUAGAAAGAAGGAAUGUCCCAGCACUCCCGGGUUUGGAUUUGUCGAUCCUGUGUCCGCGAUAGGAUUGAAAGAGUGGCCGUAACUGCGGCCACUCAAGGCGGUAGAGUGACUGGGAACCGAGGCGGGAGGGACGAUUUAGAGAAUGGUGAUUCUGGCUGGAAGUUGCAGUCAAUGAGAAGCCACGGAGGUAGCCAGCGUAGCCGAUUCAGUCUUGUAGAGUCUGUCUUUGUACAAACUAGUCCGUGCACUUCAAAACAUUCUUGGACGGCGGGUGUGAUAGAGUUUACCUCUUCCACUACUACUAUCGUUGUACAACGUAGUGCUGUGAAGUGAUUGGUGCGGUCAAUUAAUGUAUAGCGACGAAAUCAAGACCAAGAUUGUCGUGGUAGCAUUCUCUGGCUUAUCGGGAUAUUGCCCUCAUUUCGUUCGUCAGAGUCCAAUUUCGAUUGCUUGCCGAAGGGGUCAGUCAUCAGUGUUUUUGUGCAAUCCUCCCAAUUUCUUCUCCAAUUGAAGCUGUUACUUCUCCUGUUUUUGGAUGAUUCCGUGACAAGACCAAGCGAUAAAAUAUCCUGCCUCACUUCCUGGGUACAGGAAAUCAUGCUGAUGCCUCCUCCUCGUAGUGACUUUUAAGAUCAUUGAGUCUCAAUUUCGAGGCUGAGCUUGACACCGCAAGGAGAACGGCCGCAACACCCAACAAUUCCCAAUACAUGUUGGCCAACACCACAGUACUCACCUGACGAUGAGGUGACGAAUGGCUCCUUGAACAAUCGAUGCGAUUACUAUGUCUGGUAGUGCUCCACAAGUGACGCUCCUGCAAGCGAGGAGUCAGGUGAAGGCCUAUACCACCAUGACAGGGGGGCCACCCUUCAACGGGGCCAUCCCUAACAUGAUGGUCAACUCGCCCUCUGGGCAGUCCAUGUCGCCUGUCUCGCCGCACUUUUUCGGUCUUCAGCCCUCGCCCCCCUCGAGUGUGCUGUCGCCUUCCCUGCCAAACCAACCCAUCUAUGUGGACACGUCCUCACCCUCUUCACAGUUCCAGGCCUCCAGCCCUCUCACCACUGAGAUUAAAUCUGAACCUCCCUCUUCCUAUAGUCCUCCUUCCAACGGCCUCGGGUUUUCUCAAGGCAACCUGUCCUCUGUAGGCAGUCCAAGCAGUCAGCACUCCUCAUUCCUCGUCAAGAGUGAGUCCCCUUCAUCUCAAGACUAUCCUCGGAUGCAGGAGAACGAAAGGAAGAAGAAGGGACAGGUACCCCGACCUCAGGAAGAGUUCUGCACCGUGUGUGGAGACCGAGCCUCCGGCUACCAUUACAACGCCUUGGCCUGUGAAGGCUGCAAAGGCUUCUUUCGACGCUCCAUCACAAAGAAUUCAACAUAUUCCUGCAAGUAUGGAGAUGGCUGUGAAAUCGACAUGUACAUGAGGCGGAAGUGUCAAGCCUGUCGCUUCAAGAAGUGUUACACGGUGGGCAUGAGGGCGGAGUGUGUUGUCCCGGAGAGUCAAUGUCAGAAGAAAAGGGCCAUUAAGCGCGCUCAAAAGGCCGCCCAGAAAGGAGAUGCUAGUUCAACCACCGCCAUUAACAAUGGCAAUGGCAAUGGGGUGGGAGGCAUUGGAAGUGGUGUGGGCUUAAACGGUUCUCAUACGCCGAAUUUUGCCGGGUUGGGCCUGGGCCUGACACUCGGCACUCGUUCCACCCUUUCCCAAAGACACCUUAAGCCUGAGGAGGAAGAGCUCAUCAACCGCAUUGUGUACUACCAAGAUGAGUAUGAGAAUCCUAGUGAGGACGACCUCAAUCGUGUAUACCAUGUGCCCCUUCAGUAUGCCAAUGAUACUAAGGGCAUUGAGAGUGAGUCAGACCGGUUGUUUCAACACAUCACAGAAAUGACAAUUCUAACAGUUCAGCUCAUUGUCGAGUUCAGUAAGCAUCUCCCCGGGUUCCAGACACUUUGCCGGGAGGAUCAAGUCAAUUUGUUGAAAGGUUGUUCUAGUGAGGUGAUGAUGUUGAGGGGUGCCCGACGAUACGACCCUCAACGAGACAGUAUUAUCUAUGCGAACAACUACCCCUUCUCUAAGGACAACUACGUGAAGGCCGGUCUGAGCAAUGAUACCCUCUUCCGCUUUUGUCGAAGCAUGUGCAAGAUGAAGGUGGAUAAUGCCGAGUACGCUCUCAUAACUGCCAUUGUCAUAUUCAGUGAGAGACACAAUGUCAAAGAGCCGAACCGGGUGGAAAAGAUCCAAGAGAUUUACGUCGAGGCCUUGCAAUCAUAUGUAAUGGCUAAGCAGAAGAAGGAGCCCAUGGUUACGUUUGCCAAGCUCCUGUCCGUCCUCACCGAGCUCAGAUCGCUUGGCAACAGCAAUGCUAAGACGUGCUUCAACCUGAGGAUGAUCAACCGGCAACUGCCCACCUUCUUGGCAGAGAUCUGGGACAUCAAAUAAACAUGAUUGGUGUCCUGUGAUGUGUUCUGUCCUCGUGCAACGUUUCGGGCCGUCUUCUCCCGCGCAGAGUGUUUCAUUCAGCCAUCACCAACCNUUCCGAUCUCCUCCUUUAAUGUGCAAUCUAUUUGUGUGUUUGUCUCUUCAUCGCCAAUUAUGGGCAAAUUUGUGUCAGCCACGAAUUCUGAAUGUAGUUAACAGGGACUCUUCUCC